GAGCCCAGUACAGCUGUCUUCUUCAGGAAAACCUGGGACACCAUACUAUUCAUUCUCUGCCACAAGUUCCAGAAGAAGACCACUCCAUGACUCUGCAGCACUUGAUCCUUUGCAAGCAAAGAAAGUCAGAAAGGUGCCUCCUGGUUUGCCUUCUUCUGUAUAUGCACCAUCCCCAAAUUCAGAUGAUUUCAACCGUGAAUCUCCUAGUUAUCCAUCUCCUAAGCCACCAACCAGUAUGUUUGCUAGCACUUUCUUUAUGCAAGAGUUAUCCUCCACACUCAGUUUCACCAACAGACAUAAACACUAGUCUUCCACCAAUGUCCAGCUUUCAUCGUGGCAGUACCAGCAGUUCACCUUAUGUGGCUGCCUCACACACUCCUCCCAUCAAUGGAUCAGAUAGCAUUCUAGGAACUAGAGGGAAUGCUGCUGGAAGCUCACAGACAGGUGAUGCACUUGGAAAGGCUUUGGCAUCUAUUUAUUCUCCUGACCAUACCAGUAGUAGUUUUCCAUCAAAUCCAUCAACACCAGUUGGAUCGCCUUCACCUCUCACAGUUUUUCUGAGACAGCAGAAAAAUCGAGUUGAGCAGCAACUUCACGAGCAUUUGCAAGAUGCAAUGUCCUUCUUAAAGGAUGUCUGUGAGCAGUCUCGAAUGGAGGAUCGUUUAGACAGACUGGAUGAUGCUAUCCAUGUGCUGCGGAACCAUGCUGUGGGACCUUCCACCAGUUUGCCUGCAGGUCACAAUGAUAUACACAGUUUAUUGGGACCAUCCCAUAAUGCACCAAUUGGAAGCCUCAAUUCAAACUAUGGAGGGUCAAGCCUUGUUUCGAGCAGUCGAUCAGCUUCAAUGGUUGGAACUCAUCGAGAAGACUCUGUCAGUCUCAAUGGCAAUCAUUCAGUCCUGUCUAGUACAGUCACUGCUUCAAGCACAGACCUGAACCAUAAAUCACAAGAAAAUUAUAGAGGUGGCUUGCAAAGUCAGUCUGGAACUGUUGUUCCAACAGAAAUCAAGACUGAAAACAAAGAGAAGGAUGAAAACCUUCAUGAACCUCCUUCAUCAGACGACAUGAAAUCAGAUGAUGAAUCCUCCCAAAAGGAUAUCAAGGUUUCAUCUAGAGGCAGAACAAGCAGUACUAAUGAAGAUGAGGAUUUGAACCCAGAACAGAAGAUAGAAAGAGAGAAGGAAAGGCGGAUGGCUAACAAUGCUAGGGAACGCUUGCGUGUGCGGGAUAUUAAUGAGGCAUUCAAAGAGCUUGGUCGAAUGUGUCAACUUCAUUUGAAGAGUGAAAAACCCCAAACAAAACUCCUUAUUCUUCAUCAGGCCGUGGCAGUCAUCCUUAGUCUAGAACAGCAAGUCAGAGGUAAGUAGGUUCAGCAGAGAUGCAUAACUGUCCUGCCCCAGGUGGGCAGACAUUUCUGUUUACAGUUGCUCUUCUGCUGAGGCAAAUUGUUAAGUUUUCUUUGUACUUUUGCUACUGUGUUAUCAAGAUCAAGUUUUCCCUGUAGUUCUCACCUUUGUUUCACUGUAUUGGUCAAUAUCUGUAGGCUCAGUGCUUCCCACAAACCAA